AGAUCGAUCAAUUUAAGUAUACAACUUCCUAGCUAUAUAUAAUACGGAGUAGUAAUUCACAAUCAACGUAUAGUACUCAUUAUAUAUCUAGAUAGAUAGCUAGCUAGCUAGGCCGGGUUUAAUUACAAAAGAAAUUAAUAAUAUUCCAAAUGGGUUUCAUGACUAGAGCAUUUUUCUUGAUCGCCAUGGUUGCAUGUCUCAGCUCAGUUGCUCACGCCAUUGCUGGCCAAGCAACUUUCUACACUCCUCCCUACACACCAUCGUCAUGUUUUGGAUUUGAAGACCGUGGCAAUAUGAUUCUAGCAGCAAAUAGUGGUUUGUUUGCCAACAGAGCGGCUUGUGGGACUAGGUAUCGCGUGACUUGCACCGGCACAACCAAUGCCGUGACUCCAGGUUGCACCGGCCGGAGUGUUGAUGUAACAGUUGUUGAUCUUUGUCCCGGAUGUGCUGGUAAUCAAGUUGAUCUUUCACAAGAGGCUUAUGCAGUUAUUGCUAAUCCUGAUACCGGUAGAAUUAACAUUGAAUAUAACCGGAUCUAAUUUACCAAGAUAUGUGCAAGAAGCCAGAUAUAUAGCCAAUUAGUACGAGUAUAUAUAUAUACUGAUACUAAUAAAAGCUAGCUCUAGCUUACGAUAUACUAUAUAUGGUCAAAUAAAUGCAACAAGUCAAUAGUAGUAGUGUGUUAACUCUGAUCGAGUAUAUAUGUAUCAUGACAAUUGAUAUGUCUGGAUUGCUAAAUAAAUUGUUGCUUUUUAAUUUACAAAUUGUUUAUGUACGUACGUACUUGUGAGAAUUUAAUAUAUUACAUAUAUGAUAUAUCAUACGAGUAUCAUUUUCGCUA